AUGGACACAAUGAGGGAAACCGAGAGCGUGGUUCUGGGCCUCCAGGCGUUACUGGCCAUGUCUAGUCAGCAGAGGUUCUACAUAAGCCUCACCGAGGCUACGUACAACUACACGGCGGUGGCCUCGUUCGCGCGGCCGGCGCUCGUGCCUGAACGGUGGCUCGGGGUGAUCCUGGCCGGCUCGCUGGUGGCCGUGCAGAUCAGUCUCGCGUGCGCCAUCGCGGCGUACUUCCUCGCGCGCACACGCAUGUCGGCCGUGGACAACGCCUGGCAGACGCUUGCACAGAUGGUCUCUCAUAGCACGAUGGACAUGCUGGAGCAGGCCGAUACCAUGACGGAUGAUGAAGUGAAGGCGCUAGCUCGGGAGCAGCUAGGCAAGGAGACGGCAGCGGGGCAUGGGCUUUUGAGAUAUCGAGGCGGGCGGGUUGGCUUCGAGCCCCUUUAA